CUGCUGGAAACCUCCGCAGAGCCCAGGGCCCUUCGCUGCCAGUCUGCUCCCCACUCUUGGUCCCGAGUCAGGCGCUGGGCCCUUAGGCUUGGUCCGGAUUCCCAUCCUCCACCCCAGGAGAGGUUUGCUCAGCCCGGCUGGUGCAGGCGAGUCCAGUCCAGGCACAGAUAGACACGCAGAUGCGCAGUCUCUAGGGCUGCUCCUUAGCCUCCUGGGUUAGCAGCCGGGGGCCACCUGCGCUCUCCGCACGCAGCCCUCGCCUCGCGGAGAAAGCCGAGGCUGAAUGGGUGGGGGGCGGGGCAGGGACGAGGGUCCCUGAGGUGAGAACCUCCUUUCUUCAGGCGGCUGGGGAGAUCAGAGACCCCACGGAGCUCAGGUCAGAAACAAGGGAAUAGAGAGAUCGGAGCCAGACUCGAGGCCAGGCGAGGCGAAGCGAGGAAUCUCGGGCCCUGAGUGUGGGGGUGAAGGACAGGCCCCUUGCUCCUCCUUCCAAUCUCUGCUCUCCUGGGGACCCCCUCCGCCCUCCCCGGGGCCCCGGCUCUUCCCCCUUCCCCGAGACCCUGCACCCUCUGCGGAUUGGUCCUCAGACUGCUGGGGGCGGGGCCUGAGGGCCCUGACGUCACUGGCUGAGGUGGGGCGGGCGGCUGGAGGAGGGGGUGACAGGGCCGGGCUCAGCACCUCGGAGAGCUCCCUCCCUGGCCUUGUUUUGCUCUGGCAUCGCCGCCGGGGGAGGGAAAGAGGGGGCCGGCCGGACACUGGGCGCAGAGGCAGGGGGAUGGCCAUGGAAGGGUCGAGGGGCACCGGUGGGCAGAGGGCCCAGCCGUGAUCCAGCGACGGGUUUGGGGCGCCGGGCGGGGUGGGGGGCAGCGGGCGGCGGCAGCAGUGGCCGCACAUCUGGAUGGAAGCGAGCUUUGUCCAGACCACCAUGGCUCUGGGCCUGUCCUCCAAGAAAGCGUCCUCCCGCAACGUGGCCGUGGAGCGUAAGAACCUGAUCACCGUGUGCAGGUUCUCUGUGAAAACACUGCUGGAGAAGUACACAGCGGAGCCCAUCGAUGACUCAUCAGAGGAGUUUGUCAAUUUUGCAGCCAUUUUAGAGCAGAUCCUCAGCCACCGCUUCAAAGCCUGUGCCCCAGCAGGUCCAGUGAGCUGGUUCAGCUCAGAUGGGCAGCGGGGCUUCUGGGACUAUAUCCGGCUGGCCUGCAGCAAAGUGCCCAACAACUGUGUGAGCAGCAUCGAGAACAUGGAGAACAUCAGCACAGCCCGGGCCAAGGGCCGGGCAUGGAUCCGGGUGGCACUGAUGGAGAAACGCAUGUCAGAAUACAUCACCACGGCUCUGCGGGACACCCGUACCACCAGACGGUUCUAUGACUCUGGAGCCAUCAUGCUUCGGGACGAAGCCACCAUCCUCACAGGAAUGCUGAUCGGACUCAGCGCAAUCGACUUCAGCUUCUGUCUAAAGGGGGAAGUCCUGGACGGGAAGACCCCCGUGGUUAUCGAUUACACACCUUACCUAAAGUUCACACAGAGCUACGACUACCUGACCGAUGAGGAGGAGCGGCACAGCGCCGAGAGCAGUACGAGCGAGGACAACUCGCCCGAGCACCCGUACCUGCCGCUCGUCACCGACGAGGACAGCUGGUACAGCAAGUGGCACAAGAUGGAGCAGAAGUUCCGCAUCGUCUACGCGCAGAAGGGCUACUUGGAAGAGCUGGUGCGUCUGCGCGAGUCGCAGCUGAAGGACCUGGAGGCGGAGAACCGGCGGCUGCAACUGCAGCUGGAGGAGGCGGCGGCGCAGAACCAGCGGGAGAAGCGGGAGCUGGAAGGCGUGAUCCUGGAGCUGCAGGAGCAGCUGACAGGUCUGAUCCCCAGUGACCACGCCCCCCUGGCCCAGGGUUCCAAGGAGCUCACUACACUCCUGGUCAACCAAUGGCCUUCAUUGGGAACACUCAAUGGGGCCGAGAGUGCCAGCAACUCCAAGCCCUACCGGAGACACAGCUUCAUGAGCACGGAGCCGCUGUCAGCUGAAGCCAGUCUGAGCUCAGACUCCCAGCGCCUGGGAGAGGGCACGCGGGACGAAGAGCCCUGGGGUCCCAUCGGAAAGGACCCCACGCCCUCCAUGCUGGGCCUCUGCGGCUCCCUGGCCUCCAUCCCCAGCUGCAAGUCCCUGGCGAGCUUCAAAUCCAACGAGUGCCUGGUGAGCGACAGUCCUGAGGGCAGUCCAGCCCUGAGCCCCAGCUGAGGAACGGCAUGGGCAGUGCCAGCCCCACCUGCCCGGGGCCAUGGACACCUGCCACCUUUCUUCAACAACAGUCCCCCAGUCCAGGCUCCCCUUCCCGAGAACGCUGCCCGCCCAGCCAGGGCCCUCUUGGGGAAGAUCCCCUCCGCUUGCCUUAGCUUCCUGCCUGUGGUGGCAGGGGCUGCAGAGGGAAACCAGCUGCGCCAGGAGGCAGGGGUGCCCAAGCCACAGGAAGCCCCUGGGGAAGUCUACUCCAUUCUUCCUGUGACCCUGGCACUCCUUCACUCAUCCCCCCCGAACCUCUCCACCAAGGCUGGUGGACCAGCUUCCACACCACCCAUCUCCCAGUCCCUAGCCUCUCCGUCUGUCCGUGUACGCUCUGGAGUCACUCCUUCCCGGCCCCCAGCAAGAGCUCUUCGGGGGAUCAGGCAAAUAAAAACCAGAGGACUGA